GGCUCAGCGGCGGUCGCCGUGUGCGGCUUGGCGCGGGCUCACAAAGGGCUGCGGCGGCGCCUCGCGGACAGAGCCGGAGCCGGCGGGGCGGGGGCAGCGGCUCCCCGCGCAGCCCCGCGCCCGGGCCAGCUUGAAUAUUUCAGCACUGCUGAAUCUCGCGCGAGCCGACCACAUUGGAGGCCGGGAUGGUCCUGAGCACGGUUGAGCGUCUUCUUGAAUCUGGAGAUAUCGACCCAAGCACAGUGUUUCCCAGACUGUGUGCCCUGCCCUUACGAAGCGCUCAUUUAACUCAAAGAAAUUCAGCCAUAGCUCUGGGGUCAGCUGGAGGAACAAAUGUGAUGGUAGAUGGCAGAGCUGGUCCUUGCUACUCUCUGAAGAAAGAUUUGAUCACCUGGAGGCUUUUCAAGACCUUAUCCAACCACUUGUUUUUGGCAAGAAAUAUGAGUGGCUGCCCCCAGGUGGUGAUGGCCGCAUGAGCAUCCACCAUGGCCCACCGGAAGCGUCAGAGUGCAGCGAGCGGCAUGUUGGACCACAGGGCAAGGCCGUCCCCUGUGCCCCACAGCCAGGAGCCUGAGAGCGAGGACUCUGAGUUGCCGCUGGAGGCGUAUGUGCCCAAGGGCCUGGAGCUGGCCACACUGCCGCCGGAGAGUCCCACGCCGGAGGAGCAGGAAUGCCACAACCACAGCCCCGACGGAGACUCCAGCUCCGACUACGUGAACAACACCUCCGAGGAGGAGGACUACGACGAGGGUCUGCCCGAGGAGGAGGGCAUCACCUACUACAUCCGCUACUGUCCCGAGGACGACAGCUACUUGGAGGGCAUGGACUGCAACGGGGAGGAGUACCUGGCCCACGGAGCACAUGCCGUGGACACGGACGAGUGCCAGGAGGCCGUGGAGGAGUGGACGGACUCGGCGGGCCUGCACCCCCAUGGCCACGGGUCUGAAGGGAGACAGGACUACCCGGAUGGCCACCUGCCCAUUCCAGAGGACGAGCCCUCUGUCCUGGAGGCCCAUGACCAAGAAGAGGGCAGCCACUACUAUCCCAGGAAAGAGAGCUACCAGGACUGCUACCCCACAGAGGCCAACGGGAACACAGGUGGCACCUCCCCCUACCGCCCGAGGCAUGGGGACGGGGAGCUGGAGGACCAGGAGGAGGACAUCGACCAGAUCGUGGCUGAGAUCAAGAUGAGCCUAAGCAUGACCAGCAUUACCAGCGCGAGCGAGGCCAGCCCUGAGCAUGGGCCCGAACCAGGGCCCGGGGACUCCACGGAGGCCUGCCUGCCUGGCAAGGCCAGCCACAUCCCCAGCAGGCACGAGGCAAGGCCCAAGUCCCUGAAUCUUCCCCCUGAGGCUAAGCACCCUGGAGAUGUCCAGAGAGGCUUCAAGACCAAGACCAGGACCCCAGAGGAAAGGCCACAGUGGCCCCAAGAGCAGGUUUGCAAUGGUUUGGAGCAGCCCAGGAAGCAGCAGCGCUCGGAUCUCAAUGGACCUGUUGACAAUAACAACAUCUCCGAGACAAAGAAGGUGGCAUCAUUUCCAAGUUUUGUGGCUGUUCCAGGGCCCUGUGAACCAGAAGACCUCAUCGAUGGGAUCAUCUUUGCUGCCAACUACUUGGGUUCCACCCAGCUGCUCUCAGAACGGAACCCUUCCAAAAACAUCAGGAUGAUGCAAGCCCAGGAGGCCGUCAGCCGGGUCAAGAGGAUGCAAAAGGCUGCUAAGAUCAAGAAGAAAGCGAAUUCUGAGGGAGAGGCCCAGACCCUGACGGAAGUGGACCUCUUCAUCUCCACCCAGAGGAUCAAGGUUCUAAAUGCAGACACACAGGAGACCAUGAUGGACCACGCCUUGCGCACCAUCUCCUACAUUGCCGACAUCGGGAACAUCGUGGUGCUGAUGGCCAGACGCCGCAUGCCCCGCUCGGCCUCUCAGGACUGCAUCGAAACCACUCCCGGGGCUCAGGAGGGGAAGAAGCAGUACAAGAUGAUCUGCCACGUGUUCGAGUCCGAGGACGCCCAGCUCAUUGCCCAGUCCAUUGGCCAGGCCUUCAGCGUGGCCUACCAGGAGUUCCUGCGGGCCAACGGCAUUAACCCCGAGGACCUGAGCCAGAAGGAGUACAGCGACAUCAUCAACACCCAGGAAAUGUACAACGACGACCUCAUCCACUUCUCCAACUCGGAGAACUGCAAGGAGCUGCAGCUGGAGAAACACAAGGGUGAGAUCCUGGGCGUGGUGGUUGUGGAGUCGGGCUGGGGUUCCAUCCUCCCCACGGUGAUCCUGGCGAACAUGAUGAAUGGCGGGCCGGCCGCGCGCUCGGGGAAGCUGAGCAUCGGUGACCAGAUCAUGUCUGUCAAUGGCACCAGCCUGGUGGGGCUGCCCCUUGCCACCUGCCAAGGCAUCAUCAAGGGCCUGAAGAACCAGACACAGGUGAAGCUCAACAUUGUCAGCUGUCCCCCAGUCACCACUGUCCUCAUCAAGCGGCCAGACCUCAAGUACCAACUGGGCUUCAGUGUGCAGAAUGGAAUUAUCUGCAGUCUCAUGAGAGGGGGCAUAGCCGAGCGAGGGGGUGUCCGCGUCGGCCACCGCAUCAUUGAGAUCAACGGGCAGAGCGUGGUGGCCACAGCCCAUGAGAAGAUCGUCCAAGCUCUGUCCAACUCUGUUGGGGAGAUCCACAUGAAGACCAUGCCUGCCGCCAUGUUCAGGCUCCUCACGGGCCAGGAGACCCCACUGUACAUCUAGGCUCGCUGGCCUGGCCACACCGUAGAGCUGGACGCUGGUAGGCCUGCCCGGGCCGGAGGAGCCGGAGCCAGACGCGGGCGAGAACCUAACUUCUGACACCACAUCCUGACAGGGACACUGGCUCUCCAAAGGUCAUGCCCUCGCCACCACUUCUUUUUUUUUUAUUUUGCCAAAAAGGAGUAUAUCUUUAUCAAAAGAGAGUCACAGAACAAAUCUUUGUAAAACAGUCGAGUAUUUUGCCACAUUUUCUCACUGCGACUGAACCAUUCUCACUGAACCAUUUUCUCACUGCGACUGACCAAGGGCGUGGCCCGGUCCCUUGUGUGGUGUGGUAUGGUGUGGUGUGGGUGUCUUUCUUCCCUGAAGCUGUGGAGCGUGAACUCGGGAGCCUGCCGGGUGGUCUGAACGGGGCCUCCAAGGGCUGCACCCCUGGGCAGGCAGCGGCCACCCCUUGGCUGGACCUCUGGGGCCUGGGUGGGACCCUAACAUUCUCGACAGCAGCCUCUGCAGGAAUGUGGCAGCCAGCUCCCAGGGUGUAACUUGUAAUGAAAGUUUGGGGACAUGUGGGUGAUUAUAAAUAAAGGAUGAUGGCCACAACAUCAAAACUCCCUAUUUAUUUAGAUAAAGCUACUGUUUGGAUUUUUAUUUUGGCAAGCUAUCAUUCAGACUUUAGGGUUUCCCGUGGCGACCCGGGACCACAUCUGGAUCUCCUGCCCUACCUGGGCACCCAGUGGGACACACACAUCCACACAUGGACAUGCUCCCCUGAAAAAAAUAAAAACCCACACUAGGAAACUUGAUCUCUGCCAUUCCUGAGGGAGCCAGCUGGGAGCGCUGCGCCACGGCCCUGGGCAGUAUCAGCGUGUGUGUAGAUAAAGUCAGAUAUAGUCUAGCUCAGUCCAUUAGAGACCCGUGUUAACUGACGUCAUUUUGUCUGGAAGUCUUUUUUUUUUUUUUGGCCCAGGCCUUGAAGAAUACACUGUGACUUAAGAAGCCUUACCACGCAGUACUAAAGCUUUAGGGUUACUGUCAUUGAGGAGUGCCGUGUGUUGCAUGCAGCUGACCUUAGGACGACUUCACGCAUAUCAAUAAUAAACCUGAAGUCCU